AUGGGAAUUAUUUUGGUAGUAUAUGGAGUGGCUGAAGAGAUAUCAAAUAAUGAAGUAGAAAAUGACAAUAUCAAUAAUGAUGACAGCAAAGAAAUGAUUUCUGGCGGAUUGAGACAAAUAUACUUUGUUAAAGGUGCACCUGGGCCCCCGGGGCCACCAGGCCAACCAGGUUUACCUGGUAAUCAAGGUAUGAAAGGACCAAGAGGUGACCGAGGAUCAGCUGGUGUAACUGGACCAAGAGGUCCAAUGGGAAAACAAGGGCCUAUGGGUCGACGAGGGGGACAAGGGAUUGACGGUCCUAGAGGACCAUUUGGUCCACCUGGAAAUGCAGGACCACCUGGACCAAUGGGUGGAAAAGGACGUCCUGGUCCACCUGGACCACCUGGACCGCCAGGACCUCCUGGAACAAGAACGACAGCAGCAACAACAAGCACAACUGCACCACAACAACAACACCAACCACUACGACUACAACGACCCCGGCAACAACAACUACAACUACAACUGAAGCAACUCCAACAACAACCACAACUACUACUGAAGCCACAACAACAACAACGCCAACCACUACAACAACAACAACCCCGGCAACAACAACAACAACUCCAACAACCACCACUACUACCACGGAAGCCACAACAACAACAACACCAACCACUACUACAACAACGACCCCGGCAACAACAACUACAACUACAACUGAAGCAACUACAACAACUCCAACAACAACCACAACUACUACAGAAGCCACAACAACAACAACGCCAACCACUACAACAACAACAACCCCGGCAACAACAACAACAACUCCAACAACUCCAACAACAACCACUACUACUACGGAAGCCACAACAACAACAACACCAACCACUACCACAACAACAACCCCGGCAACAACAACUACAACUACAACUGAAGCAACUACAACAACUCCAACAACAACCACAACUACUACCGAAGCCACAACAACAACAACGCCAACCACUACAACAACUACAACCCCAGCAACAACAACAACAACUCCAACAACAACCACUACUACUACGGAAGCCACAACAACAACAACACCAACCACUACCACAACAACAACCCCGGCAACAACAACUACAACUGAAGCUACUACAACAACAACAACUCCAACAACAACCACAACUACUACAGAAGCCACAACAACAACAACACCAACCACUACAACAACAACAACCCCGGCUACCACAACAACAACCACUACUACUACAGAAGCCACAACAACAACAACAACACCAACCACUACAACAACGACAACUCCUGCAACAACCACUAGUACUACGGAAGCCACAACAACAACAACACCAACCACUACAACAACAACAACCCCGGCAACAACAACUACUACUACGGAAGCCACAACAACAACACCAACCACUACCACAACAACAACCCCCGCAACAACGACUACAACUACAACUGAAGCUACUACAACAACAACUCCAACAACAACCACAACUACUACAGAAGCCACAACAACAACAACACCAACCACUACAACAAGUACAACUCCCUAUCCUGUCAAUAUGCGUUGUUGGGAAAGAAUACUCAAGCGAAGAAAUAAACAACUUCGAUGGCAAUAAGGUUGAUAGCAAUAGCGGUGAAAACGAAAUAAUGGCAAGUAACAGUAUGAGACGAAUUAUCUUUAGUAAGGGAGCCCCGGGCCGCAGAGGACUUCCAGGAAGGCCCGGCUUUCCAGGGCAAAGAGGUCUAAAAGGAUUUAAGGGUGAUCCAGGAAAUUCUGGAUAUAUGGGACCGAAGGGAGCAACAGGAAGAACUGGUGAGAGGGGCCCACGUGAACCACAAGGGCCACCAGGAUCUCGGGGAUUACGUGGUAGAAACGGAUACCCAGGUGAUUUUGGACCAAGUGGCUUAAAAGGACGUCCAGGCAGACCUGGACCACCUGGGCCACCAGGACCACCUGGACGAAGGACAACAACACCAAGAACAACCGCACCAACAACUGCAGCAGCUGCCACGACUACAUCAACCUCUUCAACAACAACUACAGAAGCUACAACAACACCAACCACAACAACAACAUCACAACAACUACCACGGCAGCAACAACAACAACAACACCAACCACUACAACAACAACAACACCAGCCACAACAACAACUACUCCCACAACAACCACUACUACAACGGAUGCCACAACAACACCGGAAGCAACAACAACUACUCCAACUGCAACCACUACUACCACGGCAGCAACAACUACAACAACAUCAACAACUACAACAACAACACCGACAACAACAACAACUACUCCAACAACAACCACUACUACCACGGAAGCCACAACAACAACAACACCCCACAACAACAACAACACCAACCACUACUACAACAACAACACCGGCAACAACAACUACUACUCCAACAACCACCACUACUACCACGGAAGCCACAACAACAACAACUACUCCAAAAACAACCACUACUACAACGGAAGCCACAACAACACCAACCACUACAACAACAACAACACCGGCAACAACAACUACUACACCAACAACCACCACUACUACCACGGAAGCCACAACAACAACAACACCAACCACUACUACAACAACAACACCGGCAACAACAACUACUACUCCAACAACCACCACUACUACCACGGAAGCCACAACAACAACAACUACUAAAACAACAACCACUACUACAACAGAAGCCACAACAACAACACCAGCAACUACUUCGACAACACCGUUAAUAGAUGUAACUAUAGACAUUGGAGGAGGAGGAACAACUACCACGGCAGCCACAACAACAACAACCACUACUACCACGGAAGCCACAACAACACCAACCACUACAACAACAACAACACCGGCAACAACAACUACUACUCCAACAACCACCACUUCUACCACGGAAGCCACAACAACAACAACUACUCCAACAACAACCACUACUACAACGGAAGCCACAACAACACCAACCACUACAACAACACCGGCAACAACAACAACUACUCCAACAACAACCACUACUACCACGGAAGCCACAACAACACCAACCACUACAACCACUACUACAACAGAAGCCACAACAACAACAACACCAGCAACUACUUCGACAACACCGUUAAUAGAUGUAACUAUAGACAUUGGAGGAGGAGGAACAACUACCACGCCACAACAACAACUACACCAACCACUACUACAACAACAACACCGGCAACAACAACAACGACUCCAACAACCACCACUACUACCACGGAAGCCACAACAACAACAACUACUCCAACAACAACCACUACUACAACAGAAGCCACAACAACAACACCAGCAACUACUUCGACAACACCCCACAACAACAACAACUACUCCAACAACUACCACUACUACCACGGAAGCCACAACAACAACAACACCAACCACUACGACAACUACAACUACUUCAACUACACCGCCACCUUUAAUUGAUGUGGAUGUGAACAUUGGAGGAUCUUCAUCGACCACGACUACAUCAGCAACAACAACAACGAACACUCCUUCAACCACAACAACAACAACAACUACUACUCCCUCAACGACAUCUAGUUCUUCGGAUGCUUCAACAACAACAACAACUCCAACUACAACGACAACUAGCUCUUCUUCCACAACUACAACAACUACUACACAAUCACCACUAGUAAAUGUAGAUGUAGGUUAA